AAUAUAAUUCUUCUGAGUUCUAAAGUAACUAUUCAUACCCGAUCGGACGGCUUACUACACUUUCAAAUACAUUUUGAUACGUUGAAUGUAGAUCAAACAAUUUUCGUUUCGUCCAGACAGGAUACGUUGAGGAAAAUUCACUCAAUUCACCAAUGCCAUCGAGGCUUGUCCAAGCUCUCUUGAUCAUAGGUAGCCAUUUAUACAAUUUCAACAAAUAUAACCUCUUUCCUGUGUUAUUUCAUUUUCAGGUUAAUUAUUGUAGAUUUUUGUAGAAAUUACUCUACUUAUAAAUUAUUUUAAUUUGUUGAUCAAAUCUUUUGUGAUACUUUCAAAACUUACCGUAUCAAAGUCGGUACUUUAGCAUGUUUUCACAAUGACAACAAACAAGGAAGAAGAAAAAAUCGGAUCCUUGGAGGACGAAGCCCUCAAACGAAAAGAAAGAUUGAAAGCACUAAAAAGAAAACAGGAAGAUUCCAAAGGAGGUGAUGAUUUAAAACCAUCUCAACCAUUACCCAAGCCAAAAUUCCGAAGCUAUGUUCCAGUAGAUGACACCCUGAAAGAAAGCUCACUACCAGCUGCUAAACCUGGCAAUGUCGAGGAGGAAGUUAAAGAUCAGUUACAAGCCGCCAAUACCAGAGUAGUCAUUGAAGAAUUGGACCUAUCGAACCUAGCGCCCCGAAAACCCGACUGGGACUUGAAACGAGAUGUAGCGAAAAAGUUGGAACGUCUCGAAAAGCGCACCCAGCGGGCGAUAGCGGAACUAAUCAGAGAUCGGCUAAAAAAAGGACAGGAAGAUUGGGCGACCAAAGUGGCCAUUGGAGCUAAGGCCAAUCGUGACGAUGUUGACGACGAUUGAUUAGUUAAUCAAGGAUUAAACGUCGAUCACAUUAUUUUGAUCUCCGAUUAAAAAGUGUAGGGCUUAGACUCAACUCACACUUACGCGACUCAGGUCGAGAAGAGACUCGACUCUAGUCGAGAGCAUGUGUUUUCAAAUGGUGACACUCAGGCCAGUCGAUUCUAGUCUCCGCGACUGUCAAACACAUGCUCACGACUAGAGUCGAGUCUCUUCUCGACCUGAGUCGCGUAAGAGUGAGUUGAGCCUUAGAGUGAAAAGCGUUGUUUUCCAAUCAAUAAAGUUCCGCUCUGCUGAACAGAAAGAGAAUAUACAAUUAGAUGUGAUGGGAGUGUUCACACAUCGGCGGACUACAAAUGUGUGAAUACUACAAUAAGAGUCAAUUAUAUUCAUUCUGUCCAGCACAGCAAAAAUUGAUUGGGAAGACUGCAAACGUAUGAACACUCCCAUAAGAGUAAUGGUAUUCAUAAUUCAUUAGCUUCACAGGAACUAACAGUGAUCGAUUUAUUAUAUUAGUGUCAACGUGAUGAACAAUAAUGCAAUCAUCAACUGACUGUGAAACACCUUUAUUUGAUUGUAUAUUAUACAUACUUAUAUUUAAAUGUGACAAUUUUCGUAAACUUGAAUUAAUUAGUAUCCAUCCAAUUUUGUAAUGACCACUAUAAUGAAUGUUUUUUAAUAAUAUAGGUGUUUUUAUCAGUAUAUUA